AUGGAGACAGAGGCCUGUCACAACAACAGACUGCGCAUCAUGCAGAAUGAAAGUUGGUUACUUGAUAUGAUAAAGUUCUUAAUCACGCCUUUGAUGUGCAUAGCACUGUACCUGCUGUGUUGCCGUAGAAAAUGGCCAUGCACUCAGGAAGAAGAGUCAGAUGACUCCUCUAUCUAUGUCAUCCCUAUGCAUGAAGAAGAGAGGACAGAAGGACGAAGAGAGGAGCCAAGUCCCCCCAGUAGACCUCCUCGGCCCUCAAGGGCCCCAACCCCUCCACCGUUACCCACGACUGUCUACAGACCUCCCUAUAGACAACUGCCGCCGUAUAGCUCAGUGGAUCUCAUCAACCCUGCACCGCCAUACACUCCGUUUGACCCAAAGGACCCAGAGGACGUUCCACCUUCCUACCGAGUGGUGAUAGAGGACAUACCACCCGUCUACUCAGCAGUGGUGGUGUCAGAUGACCUUCCAUCUGUCUGGUAUCCGCCACUGCCCCCAGUCUCACCCCCUUACUCCCAAGUCCAGGUUACGUCCAACUCCCGUUACCAAGACCCUAACAUGGAUGCGACUUGCACAAUUGAGAAUUCCAUUUAA